GAGUAUUUUUGCGUGCCUUCCUCACCAAUAGGUUCGUAUUAUGUCGUUAUAAUCAGCAUUUGAAAUUGUAAAUGGUCGCCUCGUGAAUCCCUUGACGAGUUUCCUCGCUACGGCUAAGGAAUUUGGUGCUCCAAUUAGUCGACGGAAUUCGCGUAAAGCGCCAAUAGGGAGAGAUGCGAGGCCUAGGCAUGGUGUUGUUCUUACUGACGGUUUCAAAAGUCAACUCCGAGUGUUUCGAGAAUGAGAAAUACGACGACGUUGAAACGUGUGUUCCGGAGCCUAGAUUUGCUGCGAAAAUGAAACACCGAGCAGUGAGUAGUACCAGUACUUGUGGGAGCCCUCCGUCUGAAUAUUGUCGGGUUAAACCUCUCAAUGGCUGCUUUAAAUGCAACGCCUCCAGUCCCACAGAAAGGCACCCGAUCGAGUACAUAGCGGAUAAGUCACCUGGAAGUGAUGCCACUUUUUGGCAAUCCGAGACUUGGUGGGACUGGUAUCAGAAAAACCCAAGAGACGAUCUUAAAGUUAACGUCUCUAUUUCGUUCAAUAAAACUUAUGACAUUACGGGUCAUAUCAUGUUCACAUUCGAAUCACCCCGUCCUUCGAAAGCAAUACUGGAGAAGUCAUUCGACAAGGGCCAAACGUGGGAUCCGCUGCAGUACUACUCGUUCAAUUGCCGUAAAGAUUUCGGUAUGGAAAAUACGGACCCCACCGAAAACAGAUUUGGAGAUUUUAGCGCUAAAUGCACGGAGAAGUACAGCUCGAGUUCGCCACAGCAGAACGGCAAGGUUACUUUUGAUUUCCUGAGACGUUAUAACAAAGCCAGCUUUUUCGAUACUCAAGUUCAGCAAUACCUCAGUGCUACAGACUUGCGCUUGCGAAUGGAAUACCCCGGAACUGACGGACUGGAGGUGGCUAAAGACGAAGUCACUCUAAAGCAGUAUUAUUACGCGGUCUCCGAUCUGGAAGUGAUUGCCCGAUGUAAAUGCCAUGGGCACGCUCGAUGGUGCGAUUUCCCACAUGAAACGGGCAAGAACUGCGACUGCUUGCAUAAUACCACAGGAGAUGACUGCGAGAGGUGCUUGCCUUUAUUUAACAACAAGACGUGGAUGCCGGCGACAUCAGAAACAGAGCCGAAUCCUUGCGAAAGAUGUGAGUGCCACAGUCAUGCGGAUAGCUGUACUUACAGCCAACAGGAAGGGUACGGCACCUGUGACGACUGCUAUCACAACACAGAAGGGCAUUUCUGUGAGCGUUGCAAAGACAAAUUCUACCGUAACAUGAGUCUGUCCCUCAACCACCCUGAGAUAUGUCCAGACUGCAACUGUUUUCCACAAGGCAUCACCAAUAACGGUACUUGUAAUCAGACGACAGGACAGUGCGAGUGCCGGGCUAAUGUCACAGGGCGACAAUGUGACUCUUGUGCCGAUACGUUUUGGGGAUACACCCUGGAACCAAUUGGCUACUGUACGGAAUGCCUGUGUGUUGGUAAUGGUACAGUGAAUGCAUCCCUCAAUUGUGACCAGUACAACGGUCAGUGUUCUUGUAAGCCUAAUGUUCACACACGGACUUGCCAAGAGUGUAAACAUGGCUACUGGGACUUCCCAAAAACCCUCGAUACGGACUGCAAGAGAUGUGACUGUGAUUACGGUGGCUCUGUGCUCCAAAUCUGCAACAAAACCACUGGGUCUUGUAUGUGCCGUACAAACAUCAUUGGCACCCGCUGUACCGACGUCACCACCGGUUACUUCACCCCCAGCUUCUCUUAUCUGACCUUCGAAGCCGAGGAAGCAACAGGCGACUACAUGCAAGCAUCAAACACUGUUGACCUGGACAAGUUCUUCACUGGGACAGGCUAUGGUAGAAUCACCCCUGGACAGUAUAUCAAUUUCCAGGCCAGAGUUGAUGUUAACUGGAAAUGGUUCCUAAUGCUGCGGUACACAGACCUGGCAACGGGCGCUGACUCUUUGCAGAUUCACAUCUCAGCCGAGGCUGCUGGGAAUUGCUCGGGUGUAAACAUGACGGUUAUGAAUGUCACUGGUCUUCUAGCAGGGCGGGGCUUGGCACGGCGGGCAGCCACACCUAUCGUCAUGUGUCCUGGACAAACAUACAAUUUCAAUGUGACAUUUAGCCCAGGGUCAUCUCUCAAUGCCUCAAUAGGUGUCGACUCCCUUGUAAUUCUACCUGAUGUUACAGAGUCCCGAGUGUACAAAGUUGCUGUGGCAGAGGGCGUCGCCCAUGGGUUUGAUAGUGACACCAUUAAGCAGUGCUGGAAUAACUGGACCACAAUUAGCACAAUAGCGACCAGUCAGCCCAUCUGUAGCAAGAACAUCUCCUUCUCUGUCAUGUCGGAGGUGUUUAAUGGGGCUAUGGCAUGUGGCUGUGACAGUGUCGGGACAUACUUGAACUCAACGUGUGACCGGUAUGGCGGCAAAUGCCAAUGUAAGCCGGGGGUGACUGGAAGAACCUGCGAUAAGUGCAAACCAGGAUUCUACAACUUCACAUCGAGCGGUUGUGCACCCUGCGAUUGUGUCUCCACUGGCUCACACCACCUUGUGUGUAACGCUGUAUCCGGACAGUGCCCAUGUAAACCUGGCGUUAUCACUCGCACGUGCAGCAGAUGUAACGACUCGUUCUACGGGUACACCACUGGGAGUGGGUGUGUUGAGUGUCGGUGUAAUAUGAGUGGGUCAGCGGAUGCACAGUGCGAUGACGUUACAGGCAACUGUACUUGCAAGAAUAGCACGGAUGGAGCCAAGUGUGCCGAGUGCCGGUUCGGUUUUUAUAAUUUCACAAGCGCUGGAUGCCAAGCAUGUGACUGUCACGAAGGAGGCUCCCAAAGCCAGCAGUGCAACCUUCAAACCGGCAUCUGCACGUGCAAGAGCAACGCCUUGGGGGAGAAAUGCGAGUCGUGUCGUCCUGGUACCUACCACAGUGAUCCAAAUAACCCUGACGGAUGCACUCCUUGCUACUGCUUUGGCCGCUCAAACACGUGCACUUCCGCUUCCGGUUUUGUGCGCUCGUACAUCAAGGUAGACCUAGGGAGUCCUUUCAGCAUCGACUGGACCUUCGUCCAGAGAGACGUAUCGAUGGCGCGCGUGUCACAGGGAAGGAACUUCUCUUUUGUCACCUCGGGUAACAUGACCUUGGGUACCAAAGUGAACUUCACCGAAAAUCAACUGAACUCGUACGGGGAGCUUCUUGAGAUGAAGCUGAAAUAUUCCUCUCAGGGUCCGCUCAAUGUGAAGAUGUUUUGGGAACUGGAGAAGACAAACGGGGGGAUCGUACGAUUUGACGUCAAGCCGACACCCUCACCGGAAGUGACGUCAUAUUAUGUGCGUCUACACGAGGCAAAUGGAAUAUGGAAGACGGAGCCGAACAGACGCAAUGCCAGUGACCUGCAAGAACUACUGUCAGACCUUAUGAGCAUAACGCUGAAUGCUCAGUUUAUGUCAAAUGGUUCGGUCCUUCUCUCGGAAAUAAAGUUGCACAGUGCGUCGCAAGGCAUUGUGGGGGAGAAAGCUGGUCAUGUGGAGAACUGCACGUGUGAAUCUGGGAAUUACACGGGGCUCUCGUGUGAGCUGUGCAACCAAGGAUUUACCCGCAACAGGCCUAACAACUCCUACAGCGCAUGCUCGCUGUGCCGCUGUACAGGCCGCUCCCUUGACUGUGAUGGUGAGACUGGGCAGUGCAAGGGCUGCAGGCUCGGAUCUCAGGGAUUGUACUGCCAGCAAUGCCAGCCUGGUGUUGAUAACACAACGGACUGUACCCAGUGUCUGCCUGAGUACUGGGGCCUCAAGGAAGGGUCUAAUGGGUGCCAAGAUUGUGACUGUGUCCUUCCCAAUACCUUAUAUGGUAAUAGUACCGUGUGUAACGCAACCACAGGGCAGUGCACGUGCAAAGAGAAGAUCUCUGGGCGAACAUGUGACCGUUGCCAUGAGAACGCGUAUAACACGUCAGACAGAGGAUGUGUCGAAUGCCCGGAGUGCUUCCGUCAGCUCCAGGAGCACGUGUUUAAGUUGCGUGACGGUAUCAAGGAUCUACAGGGUCUCAUCCUGCGCGUCAAGAACGGCGACAUUGGUGACAUCACUUUCGCCCAGUCUCUUGCGGCCGCUAACGUGAGCGUGGAAGCGAUCUCGAGUAAUGCCAAGAACUCGAGCGGCAUCGAGGGCACGCUUCACCAGGAACUCCUCAAACUAAACGACACGCUUAAAGAACUAGAAAGAGUCUUAAAGGGCAGAGUGACGUCAGAACUGACGUCAUUAGAGGGUGUUACCAUGACAACGCAGCAAGAACGAGUCCAGAUCCAGGAUCACAUCAGACUGACGGAGGGGCUGGUGCGUAGUGGGUAUGGUGUGGUGACGUCAACCAUGCAAGCAGCGGUGGACCAGGCCAACGCGACCGAUACUUACCUGAAAGAACUGGUACCGAGGUUCACGUCACAGGCUUCCAUGGCAACAAACCAGUCCGCGCGGCAAAAUGGUACUGGUAAUGACAUUACAAGUAAAACGAGCUCGGCUGGCGCACUGGUAACCAGUGCGGAUGUGACGUCACUAGAGGCGGGACUGAGGCAAAAUAUGACGUCACAGCUGUUGGUCGCCCUGGAACAGCAAGCACAGAGCGUGCGCAGACUUGCCACUGAAACGAAUGCCACCGCGCAUGCCUUGUACGCUAAUGUCACCGCUGUACUCGAUGGGGCAUCGCGGGCUCUGCAGGCCGCGAAUGGACUGGGUCCUGACAACGCGGCUGCGGUGCUGAGUGUAAAACGGGCAGCGGAUGAUGCCAAAGCCAACGCUUCCUCGGCCGUCCAACGAGUAAGCAAUCUAACUAAACAGUACGCAGGGAUUGUCGCGGAGACGGAAACAGCCGUGCGCAACACGGAGGCAACUCUUGCAGCGGUUAAAGAGCGGGAGAAUGCGGGGAUCGAGAUGCUGGCGGAAGCCAAGCGGGCGCUGGCAGAGGCGGAGGCAGCCGUGGCAACAGCCGCCAACGCGCACAGGGACGCGCUCGAGAUGAGACAGAUCCUGCUCACAUUUGAAGCGAAAGCGAACGAGUCCCAACAGCUUGCCGCGCGGGCCCUCGCGAGUGCGCGCGAGGCGAACCAGACGAGCCUCAGGGCAAUCGCAUACACACGCGAGAUUAACGCAUCCAUCCAGGCGACGCUAGUCAUCGCUUCACAAGGUCUAAACAUGGCCACAGAGGCACUAAGGUUGGCCAGCGGCGAGCAUCAGGGUGUGUUGAAUAUCCACGCAUCUGCCACGAUCCUCAAGCGCGAAUCAGACAUGAGCCCUUACACGUCAGACUACCAUGCGCGCACCCGUCUGAACGCCACCCAAACCGCCACUAACAACAAACAAGCUAUCGACGCGUGCGCGAAGAACUACUCGACUUUGUCCAUACAAGCGAAGCCUGCGGGCGAGGAGGCACUGACCUCGGCACAGCAAGCGAGCGGCGCCAUCACCACCUCCAGGCGGUCAGUGGACAAAGUGAUGAACGACGUCCCGCGUCUGCAAACAGUCAAUACCACGCGGCUGAACGAACUCAAGGUAGAGAUACAAAGAUUACGGACCGAGUUCACCGCCACUGAUGUUAAGACUAUUAAUGCACAAUUACGAGUUGCUAAGGACCAACAGCAGGAGUUUAUAGACCGGUACAAGCGUCAAGUGCUGGACUUAAGAAAACAAGUCGAGGAGAUUAAGUCGUUACAAAGAUCCCUAGGGGUACCCCCACGGGGAUGUAGCUAGUGGUGAGGGGAAUAUAUGAUCCCUCUGGUUGAAUUCUGCGAGAGUGCUGGUCCCAGUCUUGAAAAAGCUGUGGUAAUGGUGCCACAGGAAGCCCGCAUCUGGCAUUCAGAUGAAGACGAGCGCUUGAGCCCUCGGGCACAGACAUUGUAAAUAUUCAUCGCAGAUAAAAUAUAAAUCGCCGGUAAAUGAGGAGCAACAAGAUAUAAUGAAUUCUUACGAUAACAAGGUGUCAUAUCAGAUAGUUCCCCUCACACCAUAGCAAUACGUGUUGGCUCUGCGCUAAGACAUGGUGUGUAAUUUUAGAGUCGUUUUCGUUGACGUCUGUCUUACGCCUUGUUGUAAAAGAAAAACUCUUCACGGGACACGUGACGAAAGCUUGAAGUGUCAUUGGCUGAGCUCACUUCACGUGACAAACGCUAUGAUCUUAUUGGCUGAAGACCGAAAUUGUGAUUUCUCAACUACACGUGACCAAAACUGUGAUCUCUUAUUCGCUAAUAAAAAAGCAGGUUAACGAAUGAAAGAUCAGAUUACAAAGUAGGCAGAGCUUGGAACCCCUAGUCUUACUGGUUUUACUUUUACAGCCAGUCUACAUUCAUGUCUCCACCUCUCCAGCGUAACGUUUUUUAAUUGUGAAGUAACGCAAGCGAGUUGACGAGUUGUCACGUGAGCGUUGCGUGACAGCAUUAUAACAUAGGCUAUUUAUCUUGCUCUAUAGCGUGUGUACAUAUAUAAAAUGAUAUGAAAUCUUAGGAAAAUAAGAUAAAUGGUUAUAAAA